UGUGUCUGAACACCUAAAUGUGGCCAAUUCAAAAGUAUACCACGAUAAUGAAAAGAAAAGUUCUGCGAAGUUUCAAAAACAUUGUUUAUUUAGCUAUUAUAGGUCUAGUGACACUUUUUAUCAAGUCUCUAUUGACACCACACGAGAAACAGACUUACAUGCGAAAUGUUAUCUACAGAAACAGUGAAGGAAAUGUUCCAAAAGUACUGCAUGCUACAGAAGCUUAUUCUGCGGCUAAACCAAAUUUGUUUCAUUUGCUCAAAAACAACGAGAACAACGAACAUAAAGAGGAAUAUGUUCAUAAAAUAAACCAAGCGUCACACAGGCCUAGUACUGAACAGUACCAUGGAACUAAAACCCCACGAGCCGCUGAAACUACAAGAAAACCAAUGCACACAACGACAGACGAAAAUAAUACAACCAGUCGUUUUGAGCGUAUACUUAGAGAAACAGCUUUAAGACUAACACAACACCGUACUGUUGUUACGGUCAAAUCACCUGGUGCAGGUUCCUCUGAUCCGAUUUACGUCAUAAGGCGCAUCGGCAAAUCUAUAAAAAUUACCAAAACGAUACCACUGUAUCCAUCCCAUCAAAUUAACACUUAUAAUAGCACUUAUAUAAUAACAAAUGAAAAUGCUUGCAAAGGUAAUCGUAAAGUAUUUGUUUUAACAAUGGUUUUUACCCAACAUAAGGAGGAGAGAUAUCGGAGGAUCGUUCGUGAGUAUUGGGGAAAGGUAACAGUGGUCAAGGAUAAGCGUAUUCAACGUAUAUUCCUACUAGGAAAAACAAAUAAUACAAUACUUCAGCUAAAGACCGAACAGGAAUCAAACAAAUUUGGAGAUAUCGUACAAGGAGACUUUUUAGAUACCUAUGGAAACUUGACUUUGAAAACUCUAAUGGGAUUACAAUGGAUCCGAGAUUUCUGCUCAGAAGCAACUUUUGUGUUGAAGGUUGAUAGCGAUAUCAUAGUAAACUAUAACGCUUUAAUUCCUCACCUUCUCACGUCUCCAACGAAUAGAUUCGUUGAAGGGCGAGUUCAAGCAUCGGCAUAUCCAUUGAGAAGCAAGUAUUCUAAAUGGUACAUAGCCGAGGAAGACUACCCAGAAACUACGUACCCUCCGUAUUGUCUUGGACCGUCAUACCUUAUGUCUACUGACGUAAGCACACAGGUUUUACACACAGCGCAGUUUGUACGGUUUUUACCAUGGGAAGACGCUUAUGUUGGUUUGGUGCUGCAAAAGCUAAAAAUACCUAGCAUACAUAGCAACAAUAGAUAUAUUGUUCGACUAAAAGGAGAAGAUAUAUGGAAUAAGAUUUGUAAGAUUCAACAAAUUUUUACAUUUUACAUAGGGCAUGAACUUGACGAAGAUCGUGUCAGAUUUAUUGUCGAUAAAUGGCACAAGAAAGUAAACUGUAAUUAUGGUUAUUAUUUAAGUGGAUUGAUUCAACAGCAACACACUUCCAAAAUGAAAAGAAAAGUUUUACGAUAUUCUAAAUACAUAGUUUUGCUGGUUACAUUGGUGCUAUUUGUUAUUUCUUUAUUGAAAACACAAGAUGAACGGAUUAACCAACGUAAGUUCAUCCACAGAAAAAAUGAAAUAGAUAUUGCUAAAACAUUACAUAGUUCAGAAGCUUUCUUGUCUUACGAACACCCCGAAUCUCAAAUUCAAUUGCAUCAAAACGAAUUUGUUGAGGACGUUGAUGAAAUUCUUAAACAUUGGCUACCACAUUUCGAAAUAACAAAGAAAAUUGAAGAACACCAAAACAAAAGUGUAGAGAAUGCCACUAAAGCCAUUGUAGUAACAUAUAGUACUGAGCAGAGAACUAAAAAAAAGAAAACGGCACUGGCUAUUGCUUCAAAUAAAAAUUUGCAAUUAAAGUACCCGACUACAAACAAGAACGUUGACGAUAAAUCCAGUCGUUUUGAGCAAAUACUAAAAGAAACAGCUGAACGUCUAACCCAAGAUAGUAUCGUUAAGAUCAGAUCCCGUGAUGCAGGUGUUGCAGAUUCGAUUUACGUCAUAAGGCGUGCCGGAAAAUCUGUAAAAAUUACUAAAACAAAACCACUGUAUCCAUCCGAUCAAGUUAACGAUUUUAAUAUGUCUUAUAUUAUACCAAAUGAAAAUGCUUGCAUGGGUGAUCCCGAAGUAUUUGUUUUAACAAUAGUGUUUAACCAACAUACGGAGGAGAGAUACCGAAGGAUCGUUCGUAAAUAUUGGGGCAAAGCAAGAAUAGUCAAAGGCAAGCGUAUACAACAUAUAUUCUUACUAGGAAAAACAGAUAAUAAAUUACUUCAGCGACGAACUGAACAGGAAUCGAAGAAAUUUGGAGAUAUUGUUCAGGGAAACUUUAUGGAUACUUACAAAAACUUGACUCUAAAAACUCUACUAGGAUUUCAAUGGAUCCGAGAUUUUUGUCCUGAAGCAACUUUUGUUUUAAAGGUUGAUAGUGAUAUAAUUGUAAAUUAUAACGCUUUAAUUCCUCACCUUAUCACAUCCCCAAUAAAUGGAUUUGUUGAGGGACAUGUCCAGUCUUCGUUAUUUCCAAGUCGAAAGAAGUAUUCUAAAUGGUACAUAGCCGAAGAAGACUAUCCGGAGCCUACAUACGCUCCGUAUGUUGUUGGACCAUCGUAUCUUAUGUCUUCUGACGUAAGCACACAGAUUUUACACACAGCACAGUUUGUACGUUUUUUACCAUGGGAAGACGCUUACGUUGGUUUAGUGCUGAAAAAGCUAAAUAUCACUAACGUACAUAGUAAAGGAUAUAUCGUUAAACUAAAAGGAGAAAAUAUAUGGAAUAAGAUUUGUGAGAUUCAAAAAUAUUUUACAUUUUACGUAGGGCGUGAGCUUGAAGAAAAAAGGGUCAGAUUUAUAGUAGACGGAUGGCACCAGAAAGUAAACUUUUGCAACGAUUAAUUUAAAAAAAAUAUGCUUUGUGAGUUCGUAAAGUGAUAUAAGCCAGCAUUAACAAAAAUAUCGGCUGCAGUAUUCACCAAACAUCAAGUUAGCUGCGCCAGCAAUUUUAUGAAUGUGAAUAGCUCAUAAAUUAUUUCUAAGUAAACAAGUAAAGCAAUGUGGCUGAUAUUGGGGAAAAAUUAUAUGGUGAAAGUUUGAGCCAAUGUUAUACCCAGCUAACAAUAUUACGUUAUAAGAACGUUAUAAUAACGUUACAACAAGAAAACAUGUUUUCUAAAUUGAGGCUAGCCAUUUUAAAACCAACGUACUGUCGCUAAUUGUUAAAAUGAGUAAUUAGCAAAAGAUUGUGGUAGUAUUGUACACCUUAGUACAGAGAAGCCGUGGCACUUUAACCCAUAACUUUGGCAGUAGGAAUUCUAUUCCAGUAAAUUACCCAUCAUUUUAAAGCUUAAGCCUAUAAUGUAGAGAAUGUGAAUAUGUAAAAAGCUUUGCACUUCUAAUUCGGCUGGUUAUAACCUAAUUUCAAGAAUUUCAGGAAGUAAGCCUAUGUACAUUAACGAAAACUGAAUAAAUUCUGUACUUCGAUCCAUGUCUUAUUGGAGUUCAAUUACUAAUUUGCUCAUCUUAUACAGUAUGUGCAAUUCAGUGUUGUAAUUGGUUCUUUUAACUUUUUUUUUCUUUUUAAUAUUUAACGAGAGAGUAUCUGUUAAGAAAAACGGUUUGGCAAGGACAGAUAAUUGAGAUACGGAUUGCUUUUAGCAGGGGUGGUGCCAGGAUUUGCCCGAUGAGGGGACCGAGGUCCCCGACGGGGAGGCUGAUGCCCCCGACGAAGGGUCAGAUUUCCCAGACGAAAGCAAAGUGGGCGUGGUCGAGCUUCAAUUAAAAAUUUUCGAAAAAAAAUCCAAAAUUUUGACGAUUUAGGGGGUUCAAAGGCUUAUUUAAACGAUUUUAGAGUCUAUCUAUGUAGAAAAUACAUAUAAUUUGUUUUUCUCCCCGACAAAUUGUGCUUUUUCUCGCCGGCGGGGAGAGGGAGGCAGAUCUCCCCGACAGGGAGCCCUGCCCCACCCCCGGCUUCCCGCUGGCGUUACCCCUGCCAGAGAGUAUCUGAGAGUACACGUUUUGGCAAGGAGAGAAUAAUUGAGAUGUGGAUUGCAUUUAGAAAUUAACAUGCAUAAAAAUAUAAUUUAGACUUAAUUAAUUUGAUGUUUGCAAGUAGGUACUAUAACGUUAACCUUAACUCCUACCGUAAAUUUUAUUUUCGUUGUGUUUUUUCUUAAAGUAAAAAAUUGAAGUAAAAAAAUUUUAUAAAUAUUUUACCAUAGAGUAUAUUAGCUGUUAAGUAGUCGUUUUAACAGGAAGAGAAUAAUUGAGAUGCGGAUUGCUAUUAGAAGUUAGCAUGCAUGGAAGUCUAAUCUAGACUUCGCUUUGAUAGGCAAAUAGGCAUAACGUUAACUUUAAUUAUUAUAUUUCAUUUUCGUCCAUUUGUGAUUUUCUCUUUAAGUAAAUAUUUGAAAUAAAUAGACUCAGUAUUUUACAUCCUAAGUAGUGUUUUUGAAUUGUUUGUACUAAUCAUUGCACUCUAAUAUAUCAAAAUACAAUAAUAAAAACGGCAAAAAUAAAAUUCAGUGAACAGAGUAAAAAAUAAGAAAGGAAUGCAGAGGAUAGCUCUACAAGCACUGAGGCUUGUUUCCGUAGGAGGUCCCCGAUAAAAACGACAGAAACAAGAACAAAAAACCGUGUAAUUAUUACACAAACCAGACAUGGAGAGUUUCUGUAACUCUUUUUCUGGGUGCUCCCAUCGUCAUGAGUCUGGCCUACCUGGCACCUCCCAUCUUUAUAUAUUGUCAUAUUUACUGAGUAAUUGUCAAUUAUUUCAUGUUACGAAGUAUAUACCGUACUGUAUUCGUUAUUAAGUAAGUUUGAAUUGAUACUGAUAUAUUUUUAUUCCAGUGCAACUCCAAGUAUAGCCUAUGAGGCUUUUAGAUAACCUUUUUUUAGUUGCAAAUACAGUUGUAUACAGUAAUUUGUUGUAGGGUCACCAUUUUAGUUGAUUUUAUGUUAGUCGAGAGUGCUG